GCGGGCGGCGCCACGGCGCAGGUGAGCUUCGUGUGCCAGCGCUGCAGCCAGCCGCUCAAGCUCGACACCUCCUUCAAGAUCCUGGACCGCGUCACCAUCCAGGAGCUCACGGCGCCGCUGCUGAGCGCGGCCCCCGCCAGGCCCGGGGAGGCGCCCGAGGAGGAGAGCGGCCUCGGCGAGGAGGCCUUCGCCGAGCAGCGGCAGGACGGCGUGUCCCGGCGCUUCAUCCCGCCCGCCAGGAUGAUGUCAACCGAAAGCGCCAACAGUUUCACCCUGAUCGGAGAGGCGUCCGACGGCGGCACCAUGGAAAACCUCAGCAGGAGGCUGAAGGUGACCGGGGACCUCUUUGACAUCAUGUCUGGGCAGACGGACGUGGAUCACCCGCUGUGCGAGGAGUGCACGGACACGCUGCUGGACCAGCUGGACACUCAGCUCAACAUCACGGAGAACGAGUGCCAGAACUACAAGAGAUGUCUGGAGAUACUGGAACAGAUGAAUGAGGAUGAUAAAGAGAAACUGCAAACAGAACUGAAAGAACUUGCACUGGAGGAAGAACAACUAAUUCAGGAGCUGGAGGACGUUGAGAAGAACCGCAAGAUAGUGGCUGAAGACUUCGAGAGAGUCAGGGCAGAGGCAGAGAGACUGGAACAAGAGGAAGCUCAGUAUCAGAAGGAAUACUGUGAAUUCAAGCGGCAACAGCUGGAGCUGGAUGAUGAACUUAAAAGUGUAGACAACCAAAUGCGCUAUGCCCAGAUGCAGCUGGACAAGCUGAAGAAAACCAACGUGUUCAAUGCAACCUUCCACAUCUGGCACAGUGGUCAGUUUGGCACAAUAAAUAACUUCAGACUUGGCCGGCUCCCCAGUGUUCCUGUAGAAUGGAAUGAGAUCAAUGCAGCCUGGGGGCAGACUGUGCUGCUGCUUCAUGCCCUUGCUAACAAAAUGGGCCUCAAGUUUCAAAGAUACCGUCUCGUGCCCUACGGUAACCACUCGUAUUUAGAGUCCCUCACGGACAAGUCCAAGGAGCUCCCCUUGUACUGUUCUGGAGGCUUGAGGUUUUUCUGGGACAACAAAUUUGAUCACGCAAUGGUGGCCUUCCUCGACUGUGUGCAGCAGUUUAAAGAGGAAGUAGAGAAGGGUGAAACUCGCUUCUGUUUGCCCUACAGGAUGGAUGUGGAGAAAGGAAAAAUUGAAGAUACAGGUGGCAGUGGUGGCUCUUACUCUAUCAAAACACAAUUUAACUCUGAGGAGCAGUGGACAAAAGCACUAAAGUUCAUGUUAACUAACCUGAAGUGGGGUCUUGCCUGGGUCUCAUCCCAAUUCUAUAACAAGUAACUGUGUAAAGAACUUGUCCGGAUGGCUGUAGAGCACUUGCAUUUUGUUGGAGAAAAAUCAAGCUAAGUUGUCUCUUACUAUUAACCAGUACAAUAUGUUUACAACACCAAAAAUCCACAAGACACUUUAUUUGAAAUACCAUUAUUACAAGUA